CGCUUCUGCCAUUUUGCAGCCUAUCUGUGUAUGUGUGCGGGAGCUUUAUCGCUGUCGCUGCAGCAGGGAAGGGGGGGAUAACCUGCAGUUUAUAAAAAUACUGAAAACACAACAGCAAAACAAACAGCGACUCUACUACAGCAUCGGCACAGGAUGUCAGAUUUCGACAGCAACCCGUUUGCAGAUCCAGACAUGAGUAACCCAUUUCAGGAUCCCUCAGUAACACAGGUAACACGCAGUGCUCCUCCUGGGCUGGAAGAAUAUAACCCUUUCACAGAUGGAAGAACAGCGGCCCCAGUCCCCCCGGCUGUCUCAAAAGUGCCUCCAGCCACAAACACACAGCCGGCCAUCAUGAAGCCCACAGAAGAGCCUCCAGCCUACACACAGCAUGCACAGGGUCAAGCUCUGGCUCAGGCUGAGCUCCUGAGGCGCCAGGAGGAGCUGGAAAAGAAGGCAGCGGAGCUGGACCGGCGGGAGCGAGAGAUGCAGAGCCUCAACCAGCAGGGUGGUAGGAAAAACAACUGGCCACCACUUCCAGAGAAGCUCCCUGUGGGCCCGUGCUUUUACCACGACAUAGCGAUAGAUAUACCUGUAGAGUUUCAGAAGACAGUGAAGAUCAUGUACUAUCUAUGGAUGUUCCACACGGGGACACUGUUUGUGAAUGUUUUCGGGUGUCUGGCCUGGUUUUGUGUCGAUUCUGGAAGAGGAGUUGACUUCGGAUUGGCGAUACUCUGGUUCAUGCUCUUUACCCCAUGCUCGUUCGUCUGCUGGUACAGACCCCUGUAUGGGGCAUUCAGGAGUGACAGCUCUUUCAAGUUCUUUGUCUUCUUCUUUGUAUAUAUCUGUCAGUUCGGUGUACAUGUGCUACAGACUAUUGGCAUAACAGGAUGGGGCAACUGUGGCUGGAUUUCUGCGCUCACAGGUCUUAACACCAGUGUUCCAGUUGGUAUAAUCAUGCUCCUGAUAGCAGCCCUGUUCACAGCCUCUGCGGUUAUUUCAUUAAUCAUGUUUAAAAAGGUGCACGGACUUUACCGAACCACAGGAGCCAGCUUUGAGAAAGCGCAGCAGGAGUUUGCUACUGGAGUCAUGGCAAACAAAACUGUACAGACUGCAGCAGCAAACGCCGCCUCUGGAGUAGCGAACACUGCUUUCAAGGGACAGCAGAUCUGAGCACACUGAAUGCAUUGCCCCACUAACCCCAGCCACCAGCCUGGUCCUCUCUGUAACAAGACUUCACUCCCAUUUAUUUAGUGCACUCCGGUAACUGACUGAACCCCUCUGCCUCACACAGCAUGCAUGUGAACAACCUCCCUUUCGCCCUGUCUAACUGAUGAACUGACAUAUUCUUAAUUUUUUGGGGGGGGUGGGUGGUGGGGUGUUCCUCUACACUUUGGUCUCGCAGGGGAAGAGCAAGAACAGUUUACACAAUAUUGCUGAAACCAGUAGCCACCCUGUGAUCCCUGACCUUUCUGAAUGCAUCACUGUAGGAACAUAUAGCUUCCAUCAAGCUGCACAGUUACCCUCUGAAUGUCCAGGGCCAGCCUCUGUGGGCUUCCCUCGUGAUGGUUCCUGCUCUUCUAGUCCACAAGAGAGUGCUGUUCCACACAAUGGAACAGGCUGAAAAUGCUACAUUAAUACAACCUCCAUUGAGUGAUAGGAUUCUUCUGCUCUUUCUUCUCUUAUCACGUGCAAUACAUGCAGUCUUUAUAUGCAGAUAUAUAAAUAUAAUUUGUAUGUGUGUGUAUAUAUAUGUGUGUGUAUGUGUGUGUGUUAAAACUUACCCCAAUAUUUUCGGAAAGGCUUAAUACUUGUUUGAUCUUACUCAGUACAAAUGCUUCUCAAUAUAAUAUAUAUAUAUAUAUAUAUAUAUAUAUAUAUAUAUAUAUAUAUAUAUAUAUAAUGUACCACACUUUUCAUCUUUUUAACCCUACUAUCCUUCAGUCAGCUUAGGCAGUAGUGUAACCCAGUUACACCUGUACAAUGUUAUUGCUUGCAACUUUUUAAAAACUUCCAUUUUACUUUAAAGCUGCAAAAAAACAAACAUUGACCAAUUACAGCAGCUUUAACAGGGAUGUGUUGUUUGGAGGAUUAUAUUGUGCCUAAUAAAUAAAUAAAUAAAUGCACCUUCAAGAAAGGAAAGAAAUCAUGCAAUUAAAAGUUGUCUCUGCCUACAGGUUAUCCACGUUGGCACAUUGCAUGUAUCUGAUGAGAAGAGUCAACAAUGCCGUGCCAGUGAAAGCAGUGUUGUGUGUGCAUCUUUAUGCAGUCAUUGCUGUCAGGUUAGCAAGUUAUUUAAUAGAACUGAGUUGACAGACAAGCCCUCUGGCUUUUCUAAUUACCAUUCAGUUUGAAGUUUAAAGGUUUUUCUUUAUCUGAAGCUGUUGUUUUGCACACAGGUGGAAUGAUGGGGGAGGGGAGAGAGAGAUUACUGACACACCAUCUUGCUAAGGAGUGUGAUAAAACUCCCAUUGCAUAGCAGUUUGGGCCGUACCAGGUUUUUAUUGUAUUAUGCAAAUGAUAGUGUUCUAAGUAAUAGGAAGAAUAGGUUCAUGUAACUAAAAUGUGUUGCCUGUGCACAUUUAUUAGGCACAAUAAGCAGAUUUGUGACGUGUUGCUUCUUGGUUGAAGACCUGUUUUGUUUUUAAAGCACAUUCAUUUUGACAUAACGUUGCCACUGCAUACAGCAGAAGGGUGUAUCUGAAAGGUAACAAUUGCAUUCUAAUAGCUUGUGUCCUCGUGGCUUGGUCUGGAUUUGUAUAUGUACAGUACAUGAAAAUAAAAGCUGACCUGUAGCGAAUGAUGCUGGAUUUGAAAAGUAGACUCCUGUCUUUAUCUCCUUGCUAUGUUCUCUUACAUUUCAUUCUAGUACCUGAAUGUACAUCAGGCUAGAGAGGCGAGGCGGUCACUUCGGUGAGGUUCCCUUCCACGUGUUUGUGCUGCUCUGUUUGCUUGCUUGUUUGUUUGUUUGCUGGUGAUCUCUGUUGUGUUCAGGCAGCAUGCAUCUGUGUGUUGGUUGCCUCUUUUACCUUCCUUUUAAAAGUGCAUCGCAACAUUAUUCCUUCAUGUGAAAAAAAAUAAAUAAAUAAGAAUGACUUCAAGCAACAACAACAAAAAAGUCAUCCUGGAAUCAAGUUAACCCUUAGCACACUUGUGUUUAAAAAUAACACACAAAUGCUAAAGUGCAUUUUGAAAAAUAUUCCAGCCUUUUCACAGUGAAAGCUCCCUAAAGAGGUACUUUAACCAAUAGUACUCAGGAGAUAUAUUUCAGAUGCAUGAGCAGAUACCUAAUCUACUUCAGGGGGCUUUGUGUUUUUAUUUGGGGUACAUGUGAAAUUGACCCUUGAAGAACAAGCCUAAUGUACAAAAGGAAAUAUUACAGUUGAUCUAAUUGGCUUCUGUGCUAUUCAGGUUUGUAUCUUACAAUAUCCUUUGUUCUACCAGUUACAGUAGCUUUGCAAUGGUAUGGAAUCCAAGGCCUGGUUUAUUUAGCUAGUUCUGUAUUUCAUCCCCUCCCCAGUGGCAGAUUGGCGAUAUACCGAGAUAUGGUGGAAACAUUUCCAGUACUUUAUUAGGAAGAAACCUGGCUAUGUGGGAGUAUUUACACAUGUUUUAAUCUUUUACAGAUUAUUAUUUUUUAUUUUUUUCUGUAAUAAAUUCAACUAAACCCAAUGUUUCUACUCUGGCCCCUGAUUUUAGCACUAAACCAUGGGCUACCUUGCAUUACCGUAAGAGAGGCAAAAAAGAAACCAGCCCGGUAUUCUUUAAAUAUUUAGUAAUGCACAGUCUAAAUCCAGUCCAUUUAUAAUUUAUUUGGCCAUAUUCUGAAGUGAGUGCAAAGACAAACUAUGAGAGUAAUAGGAUCACUGUAACAGGAUACUAUCAUUGUAACAGUAUAAAAUGAGCCAGGUAAUCACUUGAGAGCAGGGCCAGUUACUUUACUGCUCCAAGGAGUUCUUGCUGCUUUCAUAUUGUUAUUUUACCCCUCUCUCAAAAUGUACUUAUUAUCUUUUUCAUUCAAUUUAAAUAUGGUGUUUUUCUUGAGUAAAUAUACAUGGUAUGUGACUUCUGUCCUCCAGGUUUUUUAAAUCAUGUCUUUGGUUUUUGCAAUUCUAGUUCAGUAUUCUGUUUAUUUGGAUAGUUCUGUUAUAUUGAACUUGUGUUCCACUAAUCAAAGGGAGAUCAAUGUGGUCAGAAAUUAACCAUUGUGAAGUGUGUACUGUCACACGUAUAUCUUGAUAUUUAAAGUGUGAUUUAUCAGAAUAACUGAUUAAUACACAUGUUUUGUUUUAAGCACAAACAGUGCAGCUAGGCUGAGGUAGCAGUUUUACCCAUCCUUGCAACGGGCUUCACCAACGCAUGUUCAUUAUAAAAGGCUGCAAAAUGUUUCAAGAAUGUGGAGUGAUUUUGUUUUAUUUCAUGAAACUGACAGUGAUUUCUAGUGGGUCAUGAUACCAUUUCUUCACUUGCUCUCAGUAGAUUUGUUUGUGUUUUUUUUUCCACUGCAAGAGAUUUUCUGUUUUUUUUUUUUUAAUGUUAUGAAUGGCAACAGAUUGUUUCUGCUCUAGCAGUAUUUCUAAGUUUUAUUGAAGUAAUUUGGUUUAAAUCAAGUGAUGGUACAGUUUUGAGAAUCGACAUGUUGACGCAAUGUUAAUUCUUUCUCUGUGUGUGCUGUGCAUAUAAACCUUUAAUAAGAAAGACAUGAGUAAUACUAAUGAAAACAAAAAUGGAUAGAGGUCAGUAUGUGAUAAAGGAUUCCAAUGUAUUUGAAGAUUUUAAGGGAUAUUUGUAUAUUUUGUAAAAAUGACUAAUGGUUUGUCAUUGUUCUGAGUAUUGUACAAAUGCAUUCUUUCUCUAUCCCUCUGUCGCAUGUGAAGUAGUUUGAGUUUUGUAUAUUUAUUGUAUUAACGCAGUCUCAAAUAAAAAUUAAAACCGCAAA